CUGUAAUUUUUUGGUCUGAAUGAUCCACAAAUUUUUUAAAUUAGGAUAUUACGCUUUAUAAAAUUCUACUGAUAUAAGCAACAUACCCGUAUAGCUUGUAUUAUUUACUGGAUUCUGCAUUAAUAUCAAGUGAAAACCCUAUUUUAAUAUUCAAUAAGAUGGAAGAUAAAAAUAGUAAACAGUUCUCCCGAAUUACCAUCGAUUCAACCGUUCAAAAUAAUGCCAGCGAGAUCGAUUUCGAUGAGACACCUACACCUUCAAUAACAUCAAUUGUCACCACUGAGGGAUACACUCCCUCAUCAGUGUCAAUGCAAACCAUCUCCGACAUCGAGCAUCGUUAUCAAUUAGUUGGCAAUGUCAAUAUUAUCAAUCAAAUGGAAGUUAAUCAAGACGUGCUUUGCAUCUGCUAUACGGAAACUUACGACUUUUUGGCGGCAGGACUGUUGGACGGGAAUGUAAAGUUCUACAAAGUUAAAUCGGGUGAGAAUACGUUGAUCCUGUGCGAUGCGGAGAUGAUGCAGAAUCCGGCUCCAGUGACUGCUGUAAAGCAUCGACCAGUGCGCAGAACACAUCCGAUCACUCAUACUGUGAUAGCGACUUAUGCCAACGGCUGCGUUAAAUGCUGGCAUUACCCAACCGCACAAUGCCUUUAUACGAUACGAGAAAGACGGCAAACACUUGGUCUGGCUUACCAUCCUCAAUUACCGAAGUUCGUUACUGUUGGGGACGAUACGAUUUUAUACUUGUAUGAUGAAGAAACUAAGACGCGCGAUUUGAUUUUCGAAUACAGUGACACGCCGGAUGUCAUGGACGGUCAUAAAUCCAGAGUCUUUGCCGCUUGCUUCAACCCGAAAUCUGCAUACGAGCUGAUAAGUGGUGGCUGGGACGACACCAUCCACUUCUGGGAUACCAGACAAGCUCAUUCCUUUCGGUUUAUAUCAGGUGUACAUAUAUGUGGGGACAGCUUAGACAUCAGUAGAAAUGGAAAAGAGAUCCUUACUUGUGCCUGGCAGAGGAAUAAUCCUUUACAAUUGUGGGAUUACGGUAGCGGCAAAUUGAUCACCACUGUAGAACCAGACAGUUAUUCCUCUUUAUUAUACGCUGGAAAAUACGUAACAAAUAUGUAUAUUGCGUGCGGUGGUUGCGAUGUGAAUCUCUUUAGAAUUGUUGAUCUACGAUCUCAUUCUACUAUAGCUAUGAUCAGAAAUUUAAAGAGCGGUGCGUAUAGUUUGGAUGUCGGUCCGUUAGAAUCGAAGUACAGUAAACGGAUUCUUCCGAAAUUCGCUUUUUGCUCCGGAACAACGAUUUUCGAAGUAGAUGCCCAGCCUGAUUAAUCGAUUUAUGAUAUUUAUCUUUGAUAUGUAAA